AUGUUUAUAGAAUAUUUUGUUAAACAAAUCAAGAAUGAAAUCUUGAUGAUUAAGAGGCUAGCCUACAAUUCAAAGGAAGUAAACAAACUAACUCGUAUGGAAGUGGAAAAUUUUCUAUUUAAAUUGAUCUUACAACAGUUGCAGGACCAACACCUGGCUAUUCGAGAUGACUAUAGCAAAUUAGAGGUAGAAUUAGCUGAUGUUACUAAGAAAUAUAAUAUCUUAAAAAAUAGCGAAUUUUUACUUUUGGCCUCCUCAAUGUUCGAUAACAAGGAUUCCUACACUACCAAACUGAAAAAAGAAUCGGUCAUUAUAGUAAAGCCAAAAAAGGAGCAAAAUAAUCAAGAUACUAAGAAGGAAAUUAGACAUCGAGUUAAGCCUGGAGGGUUUGAAUAUUUCAAGGUUUCGUCAAGCCUCAAAUGGGGCUGGGAUUAUAGGCAGACAAACGACAAAUUCAUGUAUCAAUUCCACUUCUUUUCUGUCCCCAUUCGAGAAUUUUCAUCCCAGAAUAAAGAUUUUAAGAGUUACAGGCAACGGUUCGAAAAUUAUCUGAAACUCAAGAAUGCUUUCGAUGAUAAAGAUUAUGUAGCUCAGAUGUUGCUCAAUUCUUUAGGAUUUACGACUCACAGUACCCUCAUAGCCCUAGUGGCUCCAGAAAAAACCAGAUGA